AUGACCGAGCUCCAAAAGCUUCUAGGGAAUUGUCUUCUUCACGAUCUGAUUGACUUGGCUUUAGGCACAAGCUCAGGAGGUCUGACCGUUCUGGCGCAAUUCCAUCAGAAAUGGCCUGUUUCGGAAAAUGCAUCGACAUUUGAGACACUUGCAACUAAGUGCUUCUCCGGUUCGGGGUCUUUAAUUGGUCGACUGAAAUCAAUGGUGAACUAUAUAACUACUGACGCGAUGUACAAGGAGAAUCUUUUAGAGGGAGCCCUUCAGGAAACCUUUCAGACUUGUGAAUUUUUUGGCUUUGUGCCUCAUAUUGUACAGGGGACUAAAGUGGCAGUGACUGCUACAUCAGGUGGUAACAGUCGCACUAUCCUGACAAAUUACAAUGGACCUGUGGCACUGAGUGGCAAAGAAGGAUAUUCGCUCGUUCGUCCUGACGAUAUACUUCAUGAACCUCUUCUUUGGCAAGCGUUGCGCCCGCGCCACAACCGCUGCACCAAUCCAAUAAAAAUCGGUGAUCAAGAGUUCUGGGACGGUGGAUUGGGCUUCCCGAACCCAAUAGAACUCGCUACUUGGGAAGCGAAGCGCAUUUGGUCUGAGAAUACGGUUCAUGACAUUACCCUCUCCCUCGGCACUGGAGAAGUCCUAAAAGGUAAAAGUAAGAUGAAAAGAAGCAGCCAUUCAAUUCUACGACUCUGGGAAUCUUUUAUGGAUUUUCUUGAUGGGCAUUCCCGCUCCCGUGAUAUGACAAACUGUCUUAGUGAACAGCACAGAAAGGAUUAUUUUCGUCUUGACACUCAGCUCUCGUCACCCAUUCGAUUAGAUGACGUGGAAAAUCUACAGUCGCAAAAGGAAAGGAUUCACCUCAACCCAUUUUGCCAAUUAACUGAAGUCGCUACAGCACUGCUUGUAUCUAAUUUCUUCUUCACACUUGAUCAACCCUCAUACUACCGAGGGGGCUUUUACUAUUGCCAGGGCUCGAUCCGCUGUCGUAUAAACCCAAAGGACGUCUUCAAUGCCCUUGGCGAGCUUUAUACCUCAACCCUUCAGUUUGUUAUUGAAAGCGAAGUAAUUGGUGAUUGUAGCAUCGCCAAUAUCUGCGCAGCGUGCUGUCGGUAUCGAAAGCAGGUCUCCUUCUUUGUGCGCCAGCCAAAGGAUAUAGAAAACAAAGUUUUCAACGAAAAAUAA